CCCUUGAAUGAGUAGGUGUUCUAAAACUUUUGACCAGUUGUAUGUGUGUAUAUAUAUAUAUAUAUAUAUCUCUUCAGUAAAAAGGUAAAAUAACCCUGUAUUAAUUAGACCCAACCCAUCCCUACUAAUGGAUUUCUGUGCAUGUCCCCUGAGUUAGAACUUCAAACUAAGGGCCCAAUGGAUAUUUCCUUGUACUUUGAAUAUGAGAUGCUUUCUCGUAAUCAGUAGUUUUUUUUGGGAGGAUCCUCCAAAAAUCCUCACUUUGUUUUCACUUGCUAGUCAUGAACUGAGAUCUUGGGUCGGAACCUGCCUCUAAUUUUUCUUGGUUCAUGUGAAUGACAUUUUGAGGACUCUUUAUUAUUCUCGUUCUUAUUAAAAUUAUUAUUCUCGUACCACAUACCCAUUUUUGUGAUUUCCUCUCUUCCUUGGUGAAUCUCUUCUGGUCGUGUGGAAGUUUUCGUGGCAGGGUGCAUGCAGAGGAAGUACAUUUAGCAUAUUUUGUGCAGUUUAACUCCAUGCAUGAUUACUAUUGGCAUAGUUUUGUGUUUCGUUAACAAAUCAAGCUGGAAUAGUUUAGAUACAACUCUAAAAGUUCAUCAAUAUCAGUUGGCUGAAAGUUUUUUAAAUAAUUUUGCAGGAUUAUGAGAUUAACUCAUGCCAGCGUGUGCUCAAUUUGAUACCUGUGAACCCCCUAGUGGGCAGUUUAAGUAGUUUGGCCUAGCCUGACAGUAAAAUAAUAAUAAAAAAUCCUGUCAAGUUAAUGUCACCACCUUAUUGUAUAUUUAUUCUAAUGAACAUACUGUAAACCCAAAAGUAGAUCACAAACCAUGGGUUGCAUUAAUGUUUAUUGUUGUCAGAUAAAACUACUUUACAUUAUCCAUGCUAAAAUAAGUUAUACUGAACUGUAAUAUGUUUUGAUGAAGACAUUUUGGAACAUUCCAUUUGCUUAGCUUUUACUUGUGCAUGCAAUUUAGUUGUAUUUCCUGUUUUGUCUUUGUUGCUGUUUUCAAAUUAUUCAGUUGUAAAAUGUGUUGAAUGGUUGCUAUUAAAUUGCAUAAUGCUGCGUUCAUGUGCUCUCGGAAUCAUCGGAAACUUGGGACUGGGAUACCUCUGGAAAGCUCCCAGAAUCGCCGUAAUUACGAGUUUCCGACAUCCAAAACCAAUCAUAACGAGCUUCCAAGUAGCAAAUAGUCGUCGUACUCCUGAGUUUCCUACUUCCAGGGAGCAGGUGAACGAAGCAUAAGAAUAUUUGACGUUCGAUUUUUCGUUAAAACACUAUCGUGAGAAUCAGAGUUUUGUAAAGGUUUUAAAUGAUUGCUUUUUGUGGAAAUUUUAACAGCUGACUUGCAUUACUUUUAGUAUUCCAUCCCCCCAAAAAUAUUCACUUAGUUGUCUAACGUUCAUAUUUGAAAAUCAUGAGCAUUUAUUGGCAUUUAAAACAGAAAUUGCACUACUAGAAGGCACAAAGCCAUUUGAGGCGAAUAGGGCUGAAUCUUAAAAUGAUAAAUAAUAAUACUAUGCCAUUUAGCAGACGCUUUUAUCCAAAGCGACUUACAGUCAUGCGUGCAUACAUUUUUGUGUAUGGUGCAUGAUAUUCACAUUUUGUCCAAUCUGUUUGCAUAUUACCCAUUGUAUAUGUAUGGGUAGUAAGGAUUCAUCCCUUAAUGCUCUUAGAUAAACAUCCUGGAUUUUUUUGCAUUGAUUUGAAUAGCGAUAUUUGUCACUGCUAUAAUAUAGACAUUUUAACUUAUGGGUUUCAUUACCAACUCGACUUUCAGCUAGCUAUUCAGUUGGAAUCUUUUUUGGUGUUAUUGACGCUAUUUUCGCAGGGAAAUUCCAACUGAUGGGUUAGGACAAAAGUGAAUUCCUAAUUUAAUGUAAUUGGGGUUUUCGACUCAUUUCCUUUUUCUUAAUUCCAUUAAAGACCCCAUUCUACUGGACAUUGAAGUGAAGACCACUGCUUUGUCAUGAAGAUGGCGGUGUUGAUUUGGGCGCUAAUUGGAUUUUUGAAAAGCUGACUUGGAUUUUUCUGGAUUUUAUUUUACUGGAUAAGAUGCAUCAAUUGGAAUUACUUUGACAUGGACUCUUGUGCUUUGGAUGUGCUGGCAAUUCUUUGGACUCAAUUGUUUGAAUAUUGUAAUGGUUGCUUUUACUGCAUUCAGUUACACUGUACUUUUCUACUUCUGUGAUUUUCCUAAUGGGAUAUGUUAUUUAUGUUAAAUAAAACAAUGCAUUUUUUACUUCUGACUACCUUUCAUUGAUCAAUAUGCUACCCAAGAAUGUUACAAGACUAUUGUCUUUUUGCUAAAUGUGAGAAUUCUCUCAAACUGAAUCAAUUUUACUCAAAUGAAAUCAAGUUUUGGGUAUUUUCUGGGGCUUCCGAUUACUCCUAAAUUGACAUUAAUAGUGCUAGCUAAUAAUUAGACCUAACUUUACAUAGGAUCGAGGGAAUUAGUAGAGGGUAAAUGCAAGUAAUCAUUUCCGCAACUUUUUAUUUUGUGAACAUUUACACCUAUUACGCAAAAGUUUUUUUGCUCAAGUGUUUGUUACUUGUCUCCAUCUCGAGCAAUAUUUAGCUACUUUUUUUUUCUACCAUUACAUCCCUGGUCAGAUUAAUUUAAUUGACAAGUUUAUUACAUCAUACAGUUUUUGUAGGACUUCUGUGUUCACAAUCCGGCUCAUGAUUAGCAAACAUUGAAAAAAACGUACGAAAUACUGAAGUCAAGUUAAAGGGUAUGGCUUCUAAUGAUCAACACAUUCCAUGGUGAAGGGGCUGGCUAAUCCAUACAAUUAUACUCAUCAUUUCUACAUAACACACAGAGUUAAAACUGAGUUUUUGGCAAGAACUGAAAUGGUGGCCAAGGCUCUGCCUCUAAAAUGGCUCCUGAAGUCAUAUUUCCUGUCUGAACAGGAAGUGAUGGGUCUUAGUGUUUAAUACAAUUUUUGUAAUAUUGUACAUAUUCAACCCUUUAAAAAGAAAAAUCAAUAUGGAUCUGACUUUGGCAAAGACUAAGGCUAUCCUCUUGAAGUGAAGCAACGUUUUAUGAAAGAAUAACGUACUAUAGGUUUGCAGUUUUUAUACAAAAUAAAGGGGGUGGGACUUGGGACAUCACCUGAGUGUGGGGUAAAUGGAAAUAACGUCAAUCAAAGGCAAAGCUUUCAGAGCUAGGAAGGAGCUCUAGAUGGCGGAUGAGCCUUGGGAAGGGGAGCAAUUCAUUGGGCUUUUGUCAGCCCUUUUCUUUUUCAUGACAUCAAGCUGGAAUAUGCCGCGCUAUGAAUAUUUUUUUAUUUAAAAUAAGAACUAUUACUAUAGUGAACAGUAGAUUAGGUUUUUUGCUUUAUUUAAUGAGUUUUUCGUCGUGUAGAUCCGUUUUGCAGAGUGUAUACGCGAGUCGUUGUCUUCUCUGCCUAGGUCUGGCAGCCAUGGCGCUCCUCCAUUUUUCGUGUGCUCUGUGAAGAGCUCUAGUCUUUCGUCUCACGAUCACUUGUGUUGAGGCUUCAAUAUCCUAUUAUCAACAUUGGUAUUUUUUUCCUAAUGUUUAUUUUCAUUCAACCUUUUCUAAAUGGCUCUUUUUUUUGUCAUUAGUAUUAAAUAGUCUAUAGCCUACUUUGCGGAUGUGAAUCUAAUACUUCAUUAUACCUUACUGUACAUGGAAUAGCAAAUACCAGCACAUACGAUAAUCAAUCCAACGUUUUCAAGAUAACACGAUGAUGAAGAAUAAGAAUAAAAAGCAAGAAGAUGACGGUUCGACUCAAAGCAAUGCAUCAAGCAAUUCGGCCUCAGAAGAAUCGAACCACUCUGGGUUGGAGUCUGGGAGUCAGUCGGAGAGUGAGCAGGGCAGGGAGAGGAGAAGAUCGCACCACUCAGGAGAGUCCAACAGCUCUUCUGAAUCUGGGAGCCAGUCUGGGUCUGAGAGUGAAUCCCAGCAGGCCUCGGCAGAGGUCAAGGACAGACCACCAGUUAAAAAGAAAGACAAUCUGUCAGAUGUGAAGAAGAUGUGGGAAGAGCAUCCAGAUGUCUAUGGGGUCAGGCGGUCAAAUCGCAGUAGACAAGAACCUGCUCGUCUCAAUAUUGGAGCUGGGGGUAGCAGUGACUCCGAAGGUGAAAGUCCUAAAAGAAAAGCACCACGACAGAAGAAGAAAGAAAAUACCUGGAAAAGUGAUGAAUCGGAUGAUGAUGAUGAUGAUGAUGAGCAGGAGGAGGAGGAUGCCAGCAGUGCAGACAGUGAGCAGGAAGAGAAAAAAGUUAGAUCCAGACGACUUCCUGCUAGAAGACCACAGACCAAAUCAUCUACAGUCAAAAAACAGCAGCCUCCGAAGGGAAGGAAAACCAGGAAACAAGAGUCAUCUGUGGAGGAAGAUGAUGAUGACGACGACGAUGAUGAUGAUGAUGAAGAUACCCCAAAGAGACAAACCCGGCGAAGGGUGGCUGCCAAAGUCAGUUACAAGGAGGACCAAAAUGACUUUGAGACGGACUCUGACGACCUGAUAGAGAUGGAGGGAGCUGAGGUGGAGCCGGAAGAGGACAGCGAGACCAUUGAGAAGAUCAUGGACACCAGGACAGGCAAAAAAGGAGCCUGCGGGGCUUCCACUACCCAGUAUGCUGUGGAGGAAAACGGGGACCCAGGAGCAGACUUUGACCCAGAGAAGGAUGAGGGAGAGACCCAUUACCUGAUCAAGUGGAAAGGCUGGUCCUACAUCCACAACACCUGGGAGAGCAUCGACUCCCUCACUCAACAGAAGGUCAAGGGACUCAAGAAACUAGACAACUUCAAGAAGAAGAAUGAUGAGCUUAAUGCUUGGUUGAGCAAAGCAUCCCCUGAGGAUUCAGAAUAUUACAACUGCCAACAAGAGCUAACCACUGAUUUAAAUAAGCAGUUCCAUAUUCUGGAGAGAGUCAUUGCGACUAAAACCGGGAAGACACAGGGACCCUCGGAUUUCCCCUCUCACAGCCACAAGAAUGGUGCUUCGACCAAUGAGCCAGAGUACCUGUGUAAGUGGAUGGGCCUGCCCUAUUCAGAGUGCACCUGGGAGGAUGGAGCUCUGCUGGGGAAGAAGUUCCAGCACUGUAUAGACAGCUUCACCUACAGGAACUCCAGUAAAACAGUCCCCUCCAAAGACUGCAAAGUGAGUGAGGUGUUGAAACAGAGGCCCAGAUUUGUUGCACUAAAGAACCAGCCAUUGUACAUUGGGGAUGAGAACCUACAGCUGAGAGAUUACCAGUUAGAUGGACUGAACUGGCUGGCUCACUCCUGGUGCAGGUGCAAUAGUGUGAUCCUGGCUGAUGAGAUGGGUCUGGGGAAAACCAUCCAGACCAUCUCAUUCCUGUCCUACAUGUUCCACCAGCACCAGCUGUAUGGGCCCUCCCUGGUGGUGGUGCCCCUGUCCACCCUCACCUCCUGGCAGAGAGAGUUUGACACCUGGGCCCCCGACAUGAAUGUGGUGGUCUACCUGGGAGACGUGAUGAGCAGGAAAUCGAUCCGUGACUAUGAGUGGGUAUGCCAUCAGACGAAAAGAAUAAAGUUCAAUGCACUUAUAACCACGUAUGAAAUCCUACUGAAAGACAAGGGGGUGUUGGGGAACAUAAACUGGUCUUUCCUGGGUGUGGACGAAGCUCACAGGCUAAAGAAUGACGACUCCCUGUUGUACAAAACCCUGAUCGAGUUCCGGUCCAACCACAGACUUCUAAUCACAGGGACACCACUGCAGAAUUCUCUCAAAGAGCUGUGGUCCCUUCUGCACUUCCUCAUGCCUGACAAGUUUGAAAAUUGGGAAGAUUUUGAAAGUGAGCAUGGUAAAGGGACUGACAAUGGCUACCAGAGCCUCCACAAAGUCCUUGAGCCCUUCCUCCUGAGGCGUGUCAAGAAGGAUGUGGAGAAAUCCCUGCCUGCCAAGGUAGAACAGAUCCUCCGUGUGGACAUGUCUGCCGUGCAGAAGCAGUACUACAAGUGGAUUCUUACCAGGAACUUCAGGGCCCUGCAGAAAGGCACCCGAGGCAGCUCCUCUGGCUUCCUCAACAUUGUCAUGGAGCUGAAGAAGUGCACUAACCAUGGUUUCCUUAUCAAACAGCCUGAGGAGGAGUGUGACACUCCACAGGAGCACCUGCAGGCGUUGGUGAGGGGCAGUGGGAAGCUGGUUCUUCUGGACAAGCUGCUGACCAGACUUCGGGAGAGGGGCAACCGAGUCCUCAUCUUCUCCCAGAUGGUGCGCAUGUUGGACAUCCUGGCUGAGUACCUGGCCCUGAAGCGCUACCCAUUCCAGCGCCUGGAUGGCUCCAUAAAGGGAGAAAUACGAAAACAAGCACUUGACCACUUUAAUGCUGAAGGCUCUGAGGAUUUCUGUUUCCUGCUGUCCACAAGAGCUGGAGGUUUGGGUAUCAACCUGGCCUCUGCAGACACUGUGGUCAUCUUUGACUCUGACUGGAACCCUCAGAACGACCUGCAGGCUCAGGCCAGGGCUCACAGGAUCGGCCAGAAGAAGCAGGUGAAUAUCUAUCGCUUGGUCACAAAGGGAUCUGUGGAGGAGGACAUUAUUGAGAGAGCCAAGAAGAAGAUGGUUUUGGACCAUCUUGUAAUUCAGAGAAUGGACACCACUGGUCGAACUGUACUGGAUAACAACUCCGGAAAUUCAAAUUCCAACCCAUUCAAUAAAGAUGAGUUGACUGCCAUCCUGAAGUUUGGAGCUGAAGAUCUGUUCAAAGAGGCAGAGGGAGAGGAGACUGAACCUACGGAGAUGGAUAUUGAUGAGAUCUUGCGGUUGGCUGAAACCAGAGAAAGCGACCAGGGAUCAAGUGCCACAGAUGAGCUUCUCUCUCAGUUCAAGGUGGCCAACUUCUCCAACAUGGAGGAGAGUGCUCCAGAGCUGGUGGAGCGGACAGUGCCUGACUGGGACGACAUCAUCCCUGAGGACCAGCGGCGGAGGCUGGAGGAGGAGCAGAAGCAGAAGGAGAUGGAGGACAUUUACAUGCUGCCUAGAAGCAGAAGCUCCAACAAGAGGGCCCAGGCCAACGACAGUGACAGUGAUGUUGGCUCCAAGCUGAAGCACCGCUCCUCUGGCUCUGAGAGCGAGACGGACGACAGCGGCGAUGACAAGAAGCCAAAGAGGAGAGGAAGGCCCAGAGCCCGCAAGAACAACGUGGAGGGAUUCACUGAUGCAGAGAUCCGCAGGUUCAUCAAGGCUUAUAAGAAAUUUGGAGCUCCGCUUGAAAGGCUGGAGGGCAUUGCCCGGGACUCUGAGCUGGUGGACAAAUCCCAGGCAGACCUGAAGAGACUGGGAGAGCUGAUCCACAGCAGCUGUGUGACGGCUGUCCAAGAGCAUGAAGAGCACCUCAGAGAGAACCCCAGUGAAGCCAAAGGUCCUGGGAAGCGCAGAGGUAUUAACAUCAAGAUCUCAGGAGUGCAGGUCAAUGCCAAGUCCAUCAUCCAGCAUGAGGAGGAGUUUGAGCCAUUGCACAAAGCUGUGCCAGCCAAUCUUGCUGAGAGAAACCAGUUCCAACUGACCUGCAGAGUGAAGGUGCCUCACUUUGACGUGGACUGGGAUCUGCAGGAUGACACUCAACUGUUGCUGGGGGUCUAUGAGCAUGGCUACGGCAACUGGGAUCUGAUGAAGACAGACCCAGAUCUCAAACUUGCAGACAAGAUUCUCCCCGAUGACCCAGAGAAGAAACCUCAAGGGAAGCAGUUGCAGGCCAGAUCAGACUACCUUCUGAAGAUGCUGAAGAAAGAAGCGGACAGUAAAGAUGUCACUAAGGAGGAGGCCAAAGUGAAGAAGAGGAAGCCUCGGGUGAAGAAAGAGAACAAGGCCCCUAAAGAUGAGCAGGGCAAUGACAUCUCCUCCCCCCGCAUGUCAGACAACCCCUCAGAGGAAGGGGAGGUGAGGGAUGACGGGACAGAAAAAACUCCCACAAAAAAGAGACAGAAGAAAAAGGAGAACAAAGAGAACAAAGAAAAACAGGGAACUCCUAAAAAAGAGAAGGACGUGGACAAAGACAAAAAACGUCCCAAGGCAAAAAAAGAAAAGGCUAAAGAAGCCAAAGGGAAGAAGCCCCAGGGGCCGGUCCACAUUACUGCUGGGAGUGACCCUGUUCCCAUCGGAGAGGAGGACGAUGAGCUGGACCAGGAGAACUUCAGCAUAUGUAAGGAGCGCAUGAGGCCGGUGAAGAAGGCCCUGAAACAGCUAGAUAAGCCUGACGAGGGCCUGUCGGUUCAGGAGCAGCUCCAACACACACGCACCUGCCUGCUGAAGAUAGGAGACCGCAUCACUGAGUGCCUUAAAGCCUACAGCGACCCAGAGCAUGUCAAAACAUGGCGUCGGAACCUCUGGAUUUUUGUGUCUAAGUUCACAGAGUUCGGAGCGAGGAAGCUUCACAAGCUGUACAAGAUGGCUCAAAAGAAGCGUUCUCGGGAGGAGGAGAAGGAGCAUAGAAAAAAGGGGGAUGACCCGUCGGGCAGGAAGAAGCCUUUCAGAGCAGAGCCGUCUGGUUCCAGUCGAGACUCCACCGGCACCCAGCCAUCAUCCAAGUCUCAUCCAGGCAUGCCCCACCCCUCUCCCACAUCCCCCCAUGGUCCCCACAGAGAAGGCUACAACCAGUCCAACAAGCGACACUUUGGAAAUGAUGAUCGAGGAGAUUGGCAGAGAGACCGUAAAUACAACUACCCUGGAAAUAGCAACCAGCCCUGGCAAGGCGAGCGACAUCAUCCAUACGACACCCAUCGGUAUAAGGACCAUCACUAUGGCGACCGUCGUCUGCGUGAAGACUCCUACCGCAGCAGCUCUAGUAGUUAUCGUAGUGGCGGCAGCAGCAGCUCCCCUCGGAAGAGGCCAUAUGACCAGUAUGACAGCGACCGAGAACACAGGGACCGUCGGGCCUAUUACGACAGACAUCCAGACUCAAAGCGGAGACGCAGCGAUGACUUCCGUCCUCCCCAAGACUUCAGGGGGAGUGGAGGAGGCCAUCCCCAGGACUUCAGGGUGAGGAUGCCAGAGCACAGGGGUCCCCCGGGGCCAGCAGGGCCAGAACACUUCACCCGGCCCUAUCCAGACAACAAACCCCCUCCCCUGCUGGACCCACGCUCCCCACAGGCUCAGAAGUCCCCCCAGGACUCGCGCUCGCCAACCGCAGAGCGGACUGCAGAGUUGAAAGCAGCUGGGGCUGAUUUAAACUGGAACAACAGGAAGACAUGAGGACUGCCGCUGAAGGGCAAUGUGAGUGUAUUCUGUUCAGGUGAUGAACACAGUGGGAACUCCACAUGCUGCUGAAGGACAGGUCUGGGCUGGCUAGACUCACUGGUUUGCUUGGCCUGACAUACCCUCACAGUCAGAAGGGGAGUUGACAAAUACUCUGUUUACCAGCAAACACCAAACUCUCCAAACCCCUCCUCCAGGUGUGACUGUGUUAGCGAACUGUUUCUGUGCCCAUGUAGAACAGAGUUCAGCAUCUUGAAAUCUAUUACACCGUUUAUUUUUCUUUAGUUGAAAUGACAGGUGAUCAGUCAGUGUUAGCGCUGAGUCUGUAGAAUGCCUAUGGAUGAUUAGUCCCAUGGACUAUUAUCUGGGGAAAGCUUACAAUGCCUAAAAGGUCGAUGUUGAGUGAUCUUGGAACAUAAAAAGUGCCUGAAGUAUUUGGCCUUUUGAAUGUUAGAGGUAUGGGAUUAUUCCCAAAGGAACCAUGACUUAGAUUUUCUUUGUGUUUAGCUUUAUGCCAUUAUAACGAUGUCCAUAGAAACGUUUCUGUAAAAAUUGUUUAUCAUGUCACCCUCACCUUGAAAUGUUUAUGAAUCUUAAUGUUGACCUGGUUGUGAAACUAUCAUAAUUUCAUAAAGAAAUGCACCUUCUUCCCCAAAUCAAAAUGGGAGUGCAUCCUUAUGUCGAGAUUGAAGAGGAAUAGUAAAUGAGUCAGCUGCCAGUACCUAGUCCUCAGAAUGACUAUUUAAAAGGUUUUAAUGAGCAUUUCUCAUUAGUGUUGAUAGUCAUUCUUCUGUAAAGACAUGCAUCAUUGCAAGUUUCAUUUUUAAGUUGAUAAAACCACUUACUCGCUGAUAAGUUGAGGACCUAAUGAAAAGGACAACUUUCUAAGCAGUAUUUAAGGUCAUUCCUUGUGCAAAGGUUCAGAAGAACACUAUGACUAUGUUUAAGCUAUCCCUAAUAACAUUUAUUUGUAGAUGUGCAAAGAAUUAAGCUAUUUCAACCAUUUUACUCUGUCUUAUGAAUGAAUGGUACUUUUGCAUCUUACAUUGCACUAGAAGUACUGCACUCUACCGCUUUAUUCCACCCAUAAAAGUAUUGAACUAUGUUUUUUUUCUUAUUCUCUAUAGUUAAAAGAUUGUUUGAUUCCCAGCGACAGCAAUGUAACUAACUGCUGGUAGAUUUUCGAAGGUACAUUUGAGUGUUUACUGAUGUGGUUGAUGACAAGCUGUUAUUGGUCAAUCUGGUUCAGUGCCAAACCAGAGACUGGCCCUGCUCUGGUUCUUCUGAUUGCUGGUGUUUUGGUGUGCUUCUCCAUUUGUGCCUUAUUUCUGUGUAUGGGUUCAUACUGUAUAUGGGUUCAUACUGUAUAUGGGAUCAUACUGUAUAUGUGUUCAUGUACAUUACUGUACUCUACUACAGAGAUGAUGCCGUAUUAAACAGUCAUGUUUUGAGAUUGUUCUCAAUGGAUGAUUGUGGAAUGCUUGUUAAGCGAAAACUGGUGGUGGGAACAAAUUUGUUUGUCAUGUUCUUCUGCAACUCCCCAAAAGCUUUUGGGAAAAGGAUAAACAGCAUUACACAGGUGAAUCUGUGUAUUAUGUCCUCUGUGGGCAGAUCUGUUACAAGGAAUAGCCAACCAACACCACCUUCCUUUUCUCCAUGCUACAGUCCCUGGACCUGUCCUCUUGAAAACAAGCCUAAAUAAUUUAUAUUUGUGAAAGCCACUCUUCACAUGAAAUGUACUGUAAAAAUGUUAAUAGACAUAUGUAUUAAACUUUCCUACAUUAUGAAA